CACGACGAGGAACGUUACGACGGAACGAAGCGAAACGCGAAGCGGGAGAACGACGCAGCCCGCGGAAGACGUCGGUGUCGCAACGACUGACGCUGUUGACGGGCCUCUUCUUCGCCGUCUCUUCGCCUUUCGUCUUCCGAACAGCCAGCGCCGCAAUUUGCAGCUGAGAUUUUUGGCAGAGCGUUUAGAGCAGAGCACAGUCAAAGCGCGGCGAGCGAACGAGCCAGUUGCAACGCUAGCAAAGGCGUUCGUAGACGAAAAGCAAGCUCUUCCAAGCUCUUCACAUCUCUAAGAGGGGUUGAAUGCUCUUUCUCGUAUCAAGAAUCGUUCGAGUGACAUGAUGGUUUACACGUGAAAAUUUUCAAUUCAAUUGGAAGAAUAUAAGUUUAUAUUCGUGUAGAAAUAUAAUAAACAAACUUUUUAUUAUUAUUUCUAAAUUAAAUCCGAUUUUUUAACAAGUGCGCUGAAAUUGAGAAACAGAAAGACCGGAAAGCCGGUGGGAAAUCAUCACCGGUGACAUGGCAUCCAAUCGCAGCGUGCUAGAUCGUCUAUCAUGCAGUCAGGUACUGAAUAUCAUGGUGAUUCUCGGCUUCAUGUUAAACUACAUGCUACGCAUGAAUCUAACGAUAGCGAUCGUUUCGAUGGUCAUAUCGAGCAAUAGCAGCGGUCAACAUUCGCAUUCCAACGGAUCGACGUUGGUGCCGGAUGAGUGCGGUGCCCAGGCGACGAUGAUGAACGACUUCACCCCGAUCGGCGACACCAGGACCCCGGCGAUCGGCGUCGACGUUAAUAGAGUCAACGAGUUGAACAACGACAGCACGCUCGCGGCGCUCCCACACUGGCACCGGGAAGAACGAGCCCAGACCAAGUAUCCGUGGAACGAAUAUGAGGUGAAUAUGAUUCUUGGCAGCUUCUUCUGGGGUUACAUCUGCACGGAGUUUCCCGGUGGCCGACUUGCCGAGAUAAUUGGCACCAAACGGGUCUUUGGCUACAGUAUGAUGGCGUCAAGCUUCGUCACUCUGCUGACACCACUGGCAGCCAGCUUGGGCUACACCAUGGUCGUCGCAUUAAGAGUCGUACUGGGAUUUAUGCUGGGUGCCACCUGGCCUGCCAUCCAGCCAAUGACUGCUCGAUGGAUUCCACCGACGGAGCGUAGCAAGUUCGUCUCUCACAUGAUGGCCUCGUCGCUCGGCGCCGCGAUAACUAUGCUGAUGUGCGGAUUCCUUAUCGCCUCGCUCGGCUGGGAGUCGGUAUUCUACGUGACUGGCGUGAUCGGGAUUAUCUGGAGCGUGGCGUGGUUCUGGCUGGUGUUCGACUCACCGUCGCAGCAUCCGCGCAUCAGUGCGGAGGAGCGGCACUUUAUCGAGAGCGCGAUUGGAACGACGACCACCACCAAGCAUCUGCCCAUACCAUGGCGCGCACUUAUCACCUCAGGACCCGUUUGGGCUAUCGUGAUAACGCACGCGUGUAGCGUCUUCGGUUACCAUACCAUUGUUAAUCAGCUUCCGACUUAUAUGAAGUACAUCUUGCACUUCAAUAUUAAAGAGAACGGCCUGUUAUCCUCGUUACCUUACUUAGGCAAGUACAUUUUUGCCUUAUCGAUGUCCAUCUUAGCCGAUUACCUGCUCCGCAAUAACAAGUUAUCGGUGACGGCAAUACGUAAAAUUUUUACGACGUUUGCUGUGCUAACACCCAGCAUGCUCAUGGUGAUGCAAGCGUACUACGGUUGCGAUCGCGCGGCGUCGGUCGCCGUGUUCACCGUCGCUUUAACGAUAAACGGCGGCAUAACUGCCGGUUAUCUCGGAAACGGUCUCGACAUCGCGCCCAAUUUCUCCGGGACCAUAUUCGGCAUCGCCAACACCUUCAGCUCGAUAGGCGGUUUCCUCAGCAGCUUCAUGGUCGGCAACAUCACGUACCACAAUCAGACCUACACGCAGUGGAGCAUCAUCUUCUGGAUCCUGGCGGCCGUCUACUUCACCGGCGCAGUGACAUUCGCCGUUUUCGGCACCGGCGAGUUACAAAGCUGGAACAAUCCGUCCGGCAGCCACACGAAAGAGAACGGCAUGACGGUGGAAGACGGCGCCGAAUCGGUUCCUCUCAAGAGCAAAACGAUUUCGUAGCAUUUUAAACGGAAACGCUUAGAUUCUGCUAAGAGAUUGACGAAGAGGGUGUCGAUUUAUUGCGACACGAUAAAUUCCAAACGGGACAGUAUUCGUUUUCAUUACCUUCGGAUUUUAGGACGAUGAGUCCCUCAGCUUGGCAGUAGUUUGCAAAACUUUCCUAUCUUUUAAUAGCCUAAUUUCUAACUUAGAGAUUCGAAAUGAGGCUUUUAAUUCUCAAAAUCGAUGUAAUUUAUUAUAAUUUAAUAUUUUACUUUUUUAAAUAGCGUUAAAAAGAAUUUUUUUGUAAUUGUAAAACCAAUUUUUUAAUCCUUAAAGACCACUAGGAGAUCCAUAUAUGGACCUAUUCAUAAAAGUGUAAUUUCGCGUGUACAUCUUCAAAAAUUGAUGUUUUUGAACAAUUUAAUAUUAAUAAUAAGCAAUUUUUUAAAUUCUAUUAUAUUCUUCAAUCUUUUCUACCCUAUUUAAUAUAUAAUUUUUUUAAAUUUAGUUGAUUAGAUCCAGAGUUAUACGCGAUCAAAGUUGCGAGGUCCAUAUACGGACGACAGUGUAGCCUCAAGUGGUUGAGACUUGAAAUGUAGCCUUUAAGGGUUAAUAGCUUUUAUCACAAUUGUAUAUGUAUAUCGAGUUAAAAUCGCUUCUUUAGUUUUGCCAAGUUUAGGAUUGAAUAAUAUAGAAUAAUUGAGUGCGUUUUUACACUCAUUUUCUAUUGAUAGUAUAAGUUCGUACAGUUACUGAAAGAGAAAAGAAAAGACACGCGACUAGAAGUAUCUAGUAGAAAAUUCAGUGUGUUCACUCGAUAUUAUAUAAAUAAAUAUACAAUUUUUAGCAAAUUUA